ACAAAUAACUACACAUUAUUAGCUAUAAAAUAUGUAAAUACUGUUCACAACAUCAGAAUUCAGAACAGUACACAAUGAAGUUAUUUCAGUAGAAUAUUCAGUUGUUGAGCAGUGUAUAUAUAGAUUCUCGAUCAACAGCACAAGUGAUUCAUUUGUAGUGAUACUGAAAUUGUUGCUAUGAUGUUGCUAGGAAACCACAAUCGUAGCACUGACUAUCCAACACGUGUAGAGCUUGUCAUAAAAACUUCGUAAAAAAAAUUGAAAACAAAUUAAAAUGGAAUGGGAUAUUUUGAAAAAAGAACAGGAAUAUUUGAAAGAAAAUGAAAUUAUCGAAUCGAAAACGAAGGCUUUAUUGAGGAAAGUGGAUGAUGCUAUGAAGAUGCAAGAGAAUCUCCUGAAAGAAUCGACUAUGAAAAUAGAUUUACCCAAAAACUUCGUAGCUCAUCAACCAAAAGAAGUGGAAGAAAUCAAUAUUCCAAGAAUCCCUUUGAACGAUCCAUCAGUACCCAAUGAGGAUAUUUUAAACGAUAUGGGACAAAAGGGAAUGCAUCAUUUUUAUAGAGCGAAAAUAAAGUCGCUAAAAGAGGAAAAUGAUCAACUGCAUGCUGAUAUAAAAAUUAUGAAUUCAGAUACUAAACAACUUCAAAAAGAUCUUCAGCAAUGCACAGAAGAUAAAGAUAAAUGGUUUCUACAAUACAAUUUAGGAAAAUCUCAAAUAAGUAAACUUGAACAUCAGAUUUCACAGUUGAAUACAAAACUUCAAGCAAAAGACGCAGAAAAUAUCGCAAUGAAAAAAGAAAUAGACGCUUUGAAAAGGGAACUGAAAGCAGCAACUCAAUGUACUAAUGCCAACGAUUUGAAAUUGAAUAGAGCUUUGGAAGAAAAUGAAAAGAACAAAAUAUUGUUGAGAAAACUGAAAAAAGAAGAGAAGGAUUUGAGAGAAACUCAUAAGAAAAAAGUACAGGAGCUCACAUCUUUGGUACAACAGAUAGAAAAGCAUAAAAACGAACUGAUUCAUGGGUUUAGAAAACAACUGCAAUUGAUAGACAAUUUGAAAAAACAGAAAGCUCAUCUGGAAACAUUCAACCUUGCUCAAAUAGCAGAAGCUGAAUUCAUGAAAAUAUUGGACUGGAGAAGUGAAAAUUGAGUUCAUAAAGACUAUAUUCCAUCAAUUAUAUUGCUAUUAAAACACUUAUUAUCA